AGGGAAAAUAAUCAUUUGUUUAAAGAGGGAAAGUCUGAGGUGGACACACCGGAAAAUUCGCCGGAGAUAUCGGAUUUGCCGGCGUUCGCCACGGCGGCGGACUCAAAAUUAGCAAACGUUACCUUUUAUGCGUUGUUGUUCCUUCCUUUCUUUUUUCCUCUCCAUUUCGUCCUUCUCCUGGAGAGUCUGAUUCUCAUUUCAGAGCGAAACCCUAGAAAUUUUCUGGGUUUCACCUGAUCAGAUGGAGUCCCGAGACUCUUUUGAUCCGGAGGACCAACGGAUAGUCCACGUAAGAGAAGCUCUGAUGUCUCCCGGAGGUGGCGGCGUUCCGACUCUCCGGACGGCGAGGUUCCUGAACUACACCAUCACCGCCAUUGACGACGACGUGUUCGAGCUCCCGCUUGAGGCGUUCGCCUCCCGUCCGGAGACUUUCGAGCCGGAUAAAUGGCCGGUGAGGUUUUCGUUCUCCGGCUGGGCAUCGCCGUCGGUGAACUGGAUAGAGUGGGUGAACGCGAUGGCGGAGUUGCAUGCGCAGACGUGGAGGAAGUCCGGAGGACACGACGCGCUCAUGGCGUCGAGGUACCACAUAAAGAGGCAGGACGAUCUGAUGAUGGCGUUGGUGGAGAAAUGGUGCGUCGAGACGAACUCGUUCGUGUUCCCGUGGGGCGAAGCGACUGUGACAUUGGAGGAUAUGAUCGUUCUGGGCGGAUUCUCGGCGAUUGGGAACAACGUCUUGGGCUCGAUCAAACGCGAAGAGAUGAAAUCGGCGGAGGAGAGGCUGAAGAUGGCAAAACGCGAGAUUUCUGCAAAUUCAGGGAAAAAAGUCAGUGUUAGUUUGUGGAUGAAGGAAACGAUGAAUUCACGAAGCGAGAUUGAGCACGAAGCCUUCAUGGUCACAUGGCUGUCUCGUUUCGUCUUCCCAUUUUCAUCCGAUCUCGUGAGGGACAAGCUCUUCCCAGCCGCGGUUCAGUUGGCUCGAGGUGUCCGGCUCGCACUGGCCCCUACCAUCCUUGCCGGGAUUUACCGAGAUCUAGGCAUUCUGAAGGAGAAGCUUGCUGGUUCCAUACCGUUCAAGAACGUCGAAGAAGAGACGGAGGUUGUGGUCAUGUCUCCGUUCCAGUUUGUGCAGGUCUGGGCAUGGGAGAGGAUCAUGGCGGUGAGGCCGAGCCAGCCUAACAAACUGAAGCACAGUGAACCAAGGAUGGCUCAAUGGCACCACCUCGGCGGUCAGGAAUCAAACCCAAAGCCAGCAAAUCUCAGGUCAGUUCUGGAUAUGGCUGGGGCGAGUUUCGAGUACCGGCCCUACGCCAAGCCAUUGAAGAACUUCAGAUUCCCGAAGUUUUACGUGGAAAGCGACUGUAACGUCUCCGUGGAAUCAGAUGAAGAGAUAGUAGCCUUUGGUCGGUGUUUGAGGUUCUCUAAGCUCGUGGGUUUGGAUUGUGUCGAACCCUAUUACCCUCACCGAGUGGCGAUGCAAUUCGGGUAUGAUAUGGAUAUUCCCGGUGUAGUUCCUGCCCGAGUUGAGACGCCGGAAGUGGCAUGGAAGGAGUAUAUCCGCCCGAUUUCUGAUGGAAUGAUGUAUAUUCCUUCUCGAUUCCACGAGGCUGAUGUUACCUUCGGGUACAUCCGAUGGUGGAAGCAAUCUGUUUCGGCUUUACAGUCUGCAGCUAAGAGAAGUAGUAGUUUCCAGAAGCCUCUGCUCUCGCCUGGGAAAGAGAAACCUGGAGCUACAAUGGCGGCCACAACAACAACAGAGAGUCCACCAAUUGGGAAGUCAAAAACUAUGGGAGCAAAAGCUGAGGUCAAGGAUCAAGAGGUGGUGAAGAGGGUGAUGACUGAGACAAAGGAAAGGACUUUUGCCCCGAGUUCGAGAAUACCCGAGAAGAGAAAGAAGGCUAAGAGUGAAAGCAUCAGCCGUGUGGAAAGUCUUACGGGUUCAGAGCAAGGGGGAAUGCAGCAACCAAAGGGGAAAGAAACCGGUUUCCGGAAGAAGACUGAAUUGGCCAAGAAGUCACCAACCGGAUUGACCAAGAGCCCGGGAAGAUCACUGAGCGAUGUUCCAGAUCUUAGAGGAGCUCUUAGGGGACCGAGAGAAACAAAGGGUCAUGGUCAUGGUCAUGGUCAUGGCCAUGUCACAUUUGAUCUUCCAGGUUCACCUCGAAAUUUACCUAAGGCGCAGUCACUUUCCCCAAAGCCAAGCUCCAAAGAUCCUCCUGUCAGAACAAUCAAACCAUUACCCCGGGUGGCAGAAAGGACGAAACAAUCCAUCUUCCAUCGUCCAGACCCUAAGCAAACAUUAUCCGCUCCACCUAGGAAGAAUGAAACGGUCCGUAUCCCCCGAGAAACCGCUACAACAAGACCGCGAGCUACAAAGAAACAAAACGAUUCAUCAUCCUCUUCGAGUUCACUACCUUUGAGAAGAAAGAAGUACACAAGAUCUCUUGCUAACAUCCCGCAUGGCAGUUCAUCAUCUGAAAACAACCAUUCCACUGUCAAGCAAAAGGCUCAUCAAAUCAAAGCAGCGGAAGAAACAUCAUCAAAAGAAACUCAAUCCGAGGCCAAUGCACUGAAGUUUUUGGAUGAGAUGGUGACAUUGAAGGAGCACAUCGGGGAAGAAGGUGAAGUGACUUACCAGAUACCAAAGGCGCAGUUCGAGGUUUUCAGCCAAGGUGUCCAAGAAGUUCUCCUGGAGUUACAAACGAUAAAAUCUGCACUAAACAUAUAAAAUGUUCACUAGGGUUUCCAACCUAAUGGAUGCUUGUACAGACCCGUCUUCUUCGAAAAUAUUUCUUUCCCUUCCU